CUAGACACACAUUGAGAUAGACAAUUACAAUUGGAUCGAUUCCUUAUGGAGGUCACAGAAGAUGAAAAGAUUAGCAGCGAUGAGUUUAUGAGGGCCGAAGCAGUGCUAUGGACUCACAUGUUCAAUCACAUCGACUCCAUGUCUCUCAAAUGUGCCAUAGAGCUCGGCAUCCCCGAUGCUAUCCAUCUCCAUGGAAAGCCAAUAUCCCUCUCCGAACUUCUCUCAGCCCUCUCAAUAUCUCCAUCCAAAUCGCCUCACCUUCGUCGGCUUAUGCGAUUGCUUACUCAUUUAGGCAUAUUCGCCGAAAAUGAGGCUAAUACGUACUCUCUCACCUCAGUUUCUAUUGUUCUUGUUGGUGCAAGCAAGGCCGGUGCGACAAGCUUAUCUGGUUUCGUACUGACGAUGCUUCAUCCUGUUACUUUGGGGCCGUUUCAAUCCAUGAGCACCUGGUUCAAAAGCGAGGGCGAGGGCGCCACGCCCUUCUCUGCUCAUCACGGCUGCGACGUAUGGGGGGUAACCCAACGUAACCCGAGCUAUAAUGAGAUUUUCAAUGAAGGAAUGGCGAGCGACGUGAGGGUGUUGAUGAAGGUUCUGCUCAAGGACUGUAAGCAUGUGUUCGAAGGGCUUAAGUCGUUGGUGGACGUCGGUGGAGGAACUGGGUCUACGGCUAUGGCUAUCGCUGAGGCUUUUCCGGCUAUAAAUUGCUCUGUUUUGGAGCUCCCUCAGGUUGUGAGCACAGUGAAGGAGAAGGGGUCCGUAGAGUUUAUUGCUGGCGACAUGUUUGACCAUGUCCCCCCGGCUAAUGCUGUGCUGCUCAAGUGGAUCCUUCAUGACUGGACUGAUGAGGACUGUGUUCGCAUAUUGAAACGUUGCAAGGAAGCAGUUCUUUCUAAAGAAAGCGAUGGCGGCGGCGGGGGGGGUGCUGCAGGGUUUACCAACUAUAAGAUAACACCAGCUCUGGGCCUGCGUUCGGUCAUUGAACUCUAUCCGUGACGUGUAUUGUGCGUUUGUCAAUCUUGAAGUUCCAAUCAUUGUUAUAUCCGUGAAGAUCGAGUGAAUAUUGAAUAAUUGAGGUUGAUAAAAUUAAUAUGAAAGGGUUUACGAUCUUAUA